CCGGCAAGAAGGGUGCUCUGUACACCCGGGCGCACGUAGCGCCACCGUUUCUCCCACGCUGGCAGCUGCAGGGGCCAGCACAGGCACAAGGGCAGUGUCAGACAAGCAGGCAGGCGCAGCUACGGACACGGGCGCUGCCCGCUUGCUGCAGCGGCACCAUGGCACAAGCCGCCAAGCAUAUCCGCAAGAACAAGGACCUAGCGGAGGCUGCAGCCCAGGAGCAGAAGGAGAAGGAGGAGACAAAGCUGAAAAAGAGGAGCCGCUCGAAGGACCACAGACGCAAGGCAAUUGCAGCAACCGGUUUUUUGCGGGCAACACGCUCAGGUAAUGUGGAAAAGGUUCUGGACCAUAUCAAAAAUGGAAUAGACAUCAACACAGCCAAUCAGAAUGGACUUAACGGGUUGCACUUGGCUUCGAAGGAGGGUCAUGUUAAAAUGGUGCUGGAGCUGCUUCACAAUGGGAUUGACCUGGAGAAGACCACAAAGAAAGGGAAUACUGCCCUACAUAUUGCUGCACUGGCUGGUCAAGACAAAGUUGUUGCUGAGCUGGUCAACUGUGGCGCCAAUGUUAACGCUCAGUCUCAGAAAGGUUUUAGUCCUUUAUAUAUGGCAGCACAGGAGAACCACUUGGAGGUGGUGAAAUUUCUGCUGGAGAAUGGAGCCAAUCAGAGCCUUCCAACAGAGGAUGGCUUCACACCCCUGGCCGUAGCUCUGCAGCAGGGUCAUGAGAAUGUGGUAGCCCUCCUCAUUAACUAUGGGACCAAGGGCAAAGUGCACCUGCCCGCCCUCCACAUCGCCGCCCGCAAUGAUGACACGCGCACUGCAGCCGUGCUGCUGCAAAAUGACCCCAACCCAGAUGUUCUCAGCAAGACUGGCUUUACUCCACUACACAUUGCAGCACAUUAUGAGAAUCUGAGUGUUGCGCAACUGUUAAUAAACAGAGGAGCCGAUGUGAACUUCACACCAAAGAAUGGCAUCACGCCAUUGCACAUCGCUGCCAGGAGAGGGAAUGUGAUUAUGGUUCGACUGCUUUUGGACAGGGGGGCACAGAUUGAUGCCAGGACAAAGGAUGAGCUGACCCCGCUGCAUUGUGCAGCCAGGAAUGGCCAUGUGCGAGUGAUAGAGAUCCUCUUGGACCAAGGAGCUCCCAUCCAGGCCAAAACUAAGAACGGCCUGUCUCCCAUCCACAUGGCGGCACAGGGUGACCAUGUGGACUGUGUGCGACAGCUCCUUCAGUACAACGCAAACAUCGAUGACAUCACCCUGGACCACCUGACGCCACUACAUGUAGCCACGCACUGUGGCCAUCACCGCAUGGCCAGUGUGCUGCUGGAAAAGGGUGCCAAGGCCAACGCUCGUGCCCUGAAUGGCUUCACUCCUCUGCACAUUGCCUGCAAGAAGAACCACAUGAACUCCAUGGACCUCCUGCUCAAGCACUCGGCAUCUCUAGAGGCUGUGACCGAGUCUGGUCUGACUCCACUCCAUGUGGCUGCAUUCAUGGGGCACCUCAAAAUAGUGAAGAGUCUGCUGCAGAAAGGAGCCUCUCCCAACGCAUCUAACGUGAAAGUGGAGACUCCUUUGCACAUGGCAGCUAGGGCAGGGCACUGUGAGGUGGCUCAGUUCCUGCUGCAGAAUUCAGCGCAGGCGGAUGCUAAAGCUAAGGAUGAUCAGACACCACUGCACUGUGCAGCUCGUAUGGGUCAUAAAGAGAUGGUGAAUCUGCUUUUGGAUCAUAAUUCCAAUCCUGAUUCUGCUACCACAGCUGGGCACACCCCUCUGCACAUCGCUGCCCGGGAGGGACACACCCAGACCAUACGUAUUCUCUUAGAUGGCAAUGCCCAGCAAACCAAGAUGACCAAGAAAGGGUUCACUCCACUACAUGUGGCAUGCAAAUAUGGGAAGGUGGACGUAGCAGAGUUGCUUCUGAACAAAGGAUCCAAUCCAAAUGCAGUAGGAAAGAAUGGACUGCCCCCUCUGCACAUAGCUGUCCAUCAUAACAACUUGGAUGUUGUCAAGUUACUGGUCAGCAAGGGUAGCUCUCCACACAGCACAGCCCAAAAUGGUUAUACUCCCCUGCACAUUGCCGCUAAGCAGACCCAGCUGGAGAUGGCUAGCUGUCUGCUCCAGUGUGGUGCGAACACCAAUGCGGAGUCUCUGCAGGGGAUCACUCCCCUCCACCUGGCCGCGCAGGAGGGGCAGCCUGACAUGGUGGCCCUCCUCAUCUCCAAACAUGCCAAUGUCAACAUAGGCAACAAGAGUGGCUUGACUCCUCUGCAUCUAGUGGCUCAGGAAGGUCAUGUGGGCAUUGCAGACAUGCUGUCAAAGCAGGGUGCCUCAGUCUACACAGCCUCAAGACUGGGAUACACCCCCCUACAUGUGGCAUGUCACUAUGGCAACAUAAAGAUGGUGAAGUUCCUUCUUCAGCAACAGGCCCAUGUGAACAGUAAGACCAGAGUGGGCUACACACCUCUUCACCAGGCAGCCCAGCAGGGCCACACAGACAUUGUCACCCUGCUCCUGAAACAUGGUGCCCAGCCCAAUGAAAGGGCAAAUAACGGAACUUCACCUCUGGGCAUUGCUAGACGGCUAGGCUACAUCUCCGUCAUUGACGUGCUUAAGCUGGUGACUGAGGAAUCUGCAUCCAUGAUCUCAGCAGAGAAGCACCGCAUGAGUUUCCCAGAGACGGUGGAUGAGAUCUUGGAUGUGUCAGAGGAUGAAGGAGUUUCACAGCUAUCAUUAGGUGAUGAGUUACUGGGGAUGGAUGCUGCUCGCUACUUGAAGCUAGAUGACCUGAAAGAUCAGGAUGAUGACUUCCUUUCACCAAAGAAGUCUCUGAGGGAAUUUGAGGGAGGCCUGGGCACAACACCGUAUUCACCUGCUAUUCCCAGAAUUCCAUGUGUAUCUCCAGAGACUGUCAUUUUAGAACAGCACACACCUGUCCCUCUGCCAAAGGAAUAUGAUGAAGACUCUCUGAUCCCCAGUAGCCCUGCCACAGAAACAUCAGACAACGUUAGCCCAGUGGCCAGCCCCAUCCACACUGGGUUUCUGGUUAGUUUCAUGGUGGAUGCGAGGGGCGGCUCCAUGCGUGGCAGCAGGCACAACGGCCUGCGUGUGAUCAUUCCACCACGCACCUGCGCCGCCCCCACGCGCAUCACAUGCCGUCUGGUCAAACCACAGAAACUGACCACACCCCCUCCCCUGGUGGAAGGAGAGGGCCUUGCCUCGCGCAUCAUCUCAUUGGGGCCCUCCAGUAUGCAGUUCCUGUGGCCAGUGAUUGUGGAGAUCCCUCACUUUGCUUCUCUGGGGAGGGGUGACCGAGAGCUGGUGGUGCUGCGCAGUGAGAACGGCUCCGUGUGGAAGGAGCACCGUAACCGCUAUGGUGACGACAUGCUACAGGCCAUCCUCAAUGGCAUGGACGAAGAACUGGAGAGCCAAGAAGAGCUGGAGAAGAAAAGAAUUCGUCGUAUUAUCUCUACGGACUUCCCCCUUUACUUUGCAGUGGUGUCACGUGUUCAGCAGGAGAGCGAUUUGAUUGGUCCAGAGGGUGGUCAGCUGAUUAGUAAGCUCAUGCCCCAAGUCCAGGCCAUCUUCCCUGCGACUGCAGUCACAAAACGGGUGCGACUGGGCCUGCAGGCCCAGCCAAUCCCUGACGAGCUGCUGACUCGGCAGUUAGGGAACCAGGCCACAUUCAGCCCUGUGGUGACAGUGGAGCCACGCAGACGCAAGUUUCACCGGCCCAUUGGCUUGCGCAUCCCCCUGCCCCCUUCAUGGAGGGAGAGUCCACGCAAUGCUGCCGAGGGAGACAUCACCAGUCUGCGCCUCCUCUGCAGUGUUAUUGGUGGUACGGCCCCAGCACAGUGGGAGGACAUCACAGGCACCACCAAACUCUUGUACUCUAACAGCUGUGCAAACUUCACCACCAAUGUGUCAGCUAGGUUCUGGCUAGCCGACUGUCCUCGGACGGCAGAGGCCGUCACCUUUGCCAACCUGCUGUACCGUGAGUUAACGGCGGUGCCAUACAUGGCCAAGUUUGUGGUGUUCGCCAAGAUGAACGAGGCACGGGAAGGCCGUCUGCGCUGCUACUGCAUGACUGACGACAAGAUGGACAAAACCCUAGAGCUGCAUGAGAACUUCAGCGAGGUGGCACGGAGCCGAGACAUUGAGGUAAUGGAGGGGAUGGCACUCCACUUAGAAUGUUCUGGAAACCUGGUGCCAGUGAGAAAGGCCACCCAGCAAUCUCGCACUUUCAGCUUCCAGGCCUUCAGAGACAACAGACUCCAUGUUUCAGUGAAGGUGAGAGAUAGCAAUAAGGAAGCUUCUGGCUUCCUGUCCUUCCUCCGCAAGCCUACCAAAUAUGAGGACACACAGCCUGUCCUGUGCAACCUCAACAUUUCCAUGCCUCCCUGUGUUAAGGUGGCAGGUAGUGAAGAGAGAAGGCGGACUCUUACUCCCCUGGCCCUGCGGGAGCGAUACAGAGCUCUGAGCGAGCCAGGUCUAGUCACCGUGAAUGCCAUGAAGAGGAAAGAGCUGAAGAUGACAGUGAUCACUGAGCAGCUGGGCCUAAGUUGGACUGAACUGGCCAGAGAGCUGCAGUUCUGUGUUGAUGACAUUAACAGGAUACGAGUGGAGUAUCCGAACUCCCUCUUGGACCAGAGCUCAGCUCUCCUCAACCUGUGGGCCAGCCGAGAGGGUAAUAGGGCCCAAAUGGAGAACCUGUGUGUGGCACUGAAGAAUAUUGACCGCUCAGACAUUGUUAAGUGUCUGGAGGGUCAGGCAAUGUCUGAGCCUGAAGAGGAAGGGGCCUGCAUGCUACCCAGUGUCAUUAAUGGUUACGGGAGGGUUCAGGAGGAGCUGCUCUCACCGGCUACCAUGCAGUAUGGCCUACCUUCACCUCUGGGUAUCGAGCCCUAUUGGCAGGAGGUGCCAGGCCUGGAGUGUGCACCAAUCGCCACCAACGAGGAGGACGCUAUGAUGGAGAUGUCGGACAUGCAGGUGUGGCCAGUCGGGGUGAGCCCAUCCCUGGUGACAGUAGAGGACUCGUCUCUGGAGGGCAGCAGCCACGCCGAUGACUCAGAGGCCAACACACUGAGCCUGCCCUGCAGCAGCCUGGGCCGGCCCAGCAGCGGUGCCAGUGGUGCCAGUGGCUCAAUCAUGGAGCUGGAGGAGGAAGAAGAGGAGGAGGAACUGGAUGAAGAGGAUAUGCAACACGACCCGGCACCCAGCAUCAGUGAAAGGGUCUGUGCUGCUGGUGCUGUCCCCAAGGCCAACUACAAUGGGCAGGUUGGAGGUCAGAGGUCGGAGGGCAGGAGGGCGGAGGCGGCGGCAGGCAGCAGUGUGACGGCUGUAGCUAGAGGAGGUGGAGAAGGGGCUAGAGUGGAUGCGAGCUCAGAGGAAAAGUUUUCUGUGCUUACAGGACAGAAGCUCUAUGCUCAGCUGUGUGAUAGGACUGGGCUGACCCAAGCUUUUGAGCACAAUGGAGACAGGCUAGGCAGCGGGGCUUUUCAGCCAUUCAUCCAGGGGAUGGAGGCCUUUUCAGAUUCCUUGCCCAGCCGGUCGCUGACUAAAGGCAGGCAGGCCAUGGAGGGUGUGGCGGUAUCUGGGCAUGAGCAGAGCCAGGCGUACAUGUCCCAGGAAACGCUGCUGAGGCUGAGAGACGAUCCAGUCCACUUCAGCAGUGACCAUCUGCGACAGGAGCAGUUUGCCGGUGGCCAUGGCAAUGUUGUGACCAAGCUGGGCAAGGAUGUGAAGAGAGGCACGCAGGCCAUAAAGCACGCCAGUCUGCGGCGAGUAAAGCACUGAACCUAACAUACACUGUCCUGAAGGUCAGACAUCCACUGUCAGAUCAUCCUUCACCCAAACCCCAAGCAAAAUGAGGGAUGGAUGACACGUGGGAAGAUAGGAGUAAAAGCAGUAAAUUAAAGAGAAUGACAUGUCCCAACCACCUCUACACACCCACCCCCACACUCACCCAACAGUAACCAUGGAGCCAUGCUGAAGAAACGGAGGACAUCUACUUGUAGUUUUAUAACAUUUUUAACAAUUCAAAAAAUGUACAAUUAGCUUAGGGCAUGAUCUUUUUGUACAAAAGUUUAAGAGAAAAAAAACCAACAAAAGUGCUUCCUGUCAACUGUAAAUGCAUGAUUGACUGCUGGUGCAUGACCUAUGACCUUUGAGCUGUCAUAACCUAUAAACUGAAAUGGUAUUAGGGCCAUCACAGGAUUGGGUAGAGGCAAAACAUAUGGACCUUUAUCCCAAAAAGGAGUCGAACUGAAAUAGGUCUGUUUCAGAACAACACAGUCCAAAAAAAUCCUUUUAUUUCUUCCAAGAGAUUGUCACAACACAAAGCAGCGUAGCCUAUGCUGAGCCCAUCACUGUUUCAUUUACAUGGGCCCUUUAUUGUGUUAUUAUAUGUGAUAGGCUUAUAUGCACUCUAUGUUAUGUUAACGUGUGUUCGUGUGAAUGUGUCCGUAUCUUAACGCAUGUGUACUUGCUUCUGGCUUGGCACUGAACAUUUUUCUCUCGUGAUGUUGAGGGCUGUUCAGUGUAGGAAUGAGAAUACCGCCGUGCUCUCCUGCUUGUGAAUGUCUGUGUGUGUGGUGGGGGGUAUGCGUGUCUGUUUCCAGGACUUUUUUAGUUCCCUUUUGUGAAAAGUGCUUGUGUUCCUUUGAAUUGUCCAACAUGUUUUAUUUUUGUACUACCUAGUAAGAAUCAAAAGGAUCACCCCUAUGUUGUGGGAAUAUCGUACGAAUGGUUGUUCAGCUGACAAUUGUGUAGCUCUUGUGCAGCUCUGUCAGUCUGUAUGUGCCAGUGUGACACAAUGUCCUAGAGCACUGCUGGAGGACACAUGCUGUCUGUCCUCAAACCUGAUCUGUGGCAUUCCAUAUCUCUCUUUCAUAUUUCUGAAUCUCCUUUCUCCUAUCGCCAUAACUCUCUUUUCUCUCUUUCUUUCCAUAUAACCAUUCAUAUCCACAGCUCAGUUUCUGUUUACUGCACUUCAGUGUUGGACUGACUCCAGAGACUGAUGUAGCAAUGCAUGCUGAUUUCUUACAGCUUUCCAUUAUCCUCUAGGGGCCUGCCCUGGGGCCUGGGCAUUGUUUAUUUCCUGGGCAUUAUUCUUUCAAUCCUUACUGUUCAAUGAAAGGUUGUAGCAGAAACAUGUGAGGUUCAGGUGCAUACUUUGAGUUACUGCCAAUCUAAUAUUCAGUAGGCAGAGUAACAUUUAAAUUUCAAAAGGGAGUUUUAAAUAUUUUAAUAUUUUGACUUUAAAAUAACAUCCAAGUAGAUGUAAAGUAAGCACUGUGACAGUCCACCUUGAAACUGACCCCUGAACUGUGAACUCACAACUGUCUGUCCUCCUUUGGCUUCAUAUGUAACACACACACACACACACACACACACACACACACACAUACACACACACACACACGCACCUGUUAAUCUACAGUAAAACUACUAAAAGACUUCCAUUUUAAUAACAUCAGUCAAAUUUAUUUCGAUAGCACAUUUAAAAACAGCUGUAGUUGACCAAAGUGCUAUAUAAAUAAGGUCUAAUGUUAAGAAAAAGGUUAAAAAUAAAAUUGUACUUAGAGCAUAGAGUAGCUAAAAAUGCAGCCCAUACAACAAUAAAACACAGCAUUAACAAAAGUAACAAAAAAUAAAAUAACAUAAUAAAAUAAAAUGCAAUGCAAGGCAAUAAAAUAAUAUAAAGUGAAUAACCUAGGGUUAAAUAAACUGGUAACUUAAUUAGACAAUUUAGACACAGCCAUAAGCUAAGAAAAAUUAAAGAUUUAAGGCAGGAUUUAAGCCUAUCUACAGUUUAUAUAGACCUCACUUCUACAGGCAGGCUAUUUCACAGCUUUGGGGUAGCAACUGAAAAUACACCCUUGUUUUUGAGAGAGUAUAAGAUCAUAAGCAGCAAUUUAUCAGAAGAGGGACCUGCCAAAUGAGUAAAAACUAUUCCUGUCACAGAUAUACUGUGGGGUCAAACCAUGUAAUGUCUUAAAUAAAAACAAUAAAAUGUAAAACUCAAUUCUAAACUUUAUAGGGAGCUAGUACAAAGAAACCAUGACAGGUGAGAUUCUCCCUCUUUUCCUUGUUCUAGUCAGGAGUCUUGCAGCUCCAUUUUGGACAAGUUGCAGACAGGACAGCAGGAAAAAGCAUGUGAAAUUAUUUCCAGAUCAUUAAAUGAAAGGACUUAUUUCAAAAUCGGCACUUCAUAACUAUUUUUUUGUUAAACUUAAGGGAUGUGUCAAACAACACCCUGACAUUUUUACACAGUUUGAAAAGUAUGUGGAUAAAGGGUCCAAGUUAUUACCAGUGAUUUGUAUGCUCUCAGUGGGACCCAUGAUUAUGGUGUCUAAUUUUCAUUUAGCUGGAGGAUAUUAUUAGCUAGACAUGAUUUAAUAAAUCAAAAAGUUUUAAUGAGAUUGGUUCUCAUCUGGCUUCAGUCUCAAGUACAACUGGAUGUUGUUUGAAUAACAAUGAUAGGAAAUUCCCUAUUUCUGGAAAAUUGUUCCCAGGCAAUGAAUGUAAAAAGAAAAUGAAAGGAAAAAGGAUUAGACUCAAGACUGAGCCUUGAGGUAUGGCAUAUGUGAUGGGAGCUGGAGAAGAAAUAAAUCUUUCCCUCUGAGCCACAAAUGCACAAUCUUUUAGGUAAGAGGAAAAUCAACCUAAUGCCUUUCCUUGGAUACCCAUCCCAAGAUUAAGGCAAUCUAAAAGGAUGUUAUAGUCAAUUGUAUCAAAUGUGGUGGAGAGGUUAAGUAUGACUAAAUAGCAUAGAUGCUACAUAAGUGAAAGUGGUAAAAAAAAAAAAAGGGCCAGCUAUGGUGUGUCCUGAAACCUGACUGAAACUUGUCCAAAUAGAAUUUUCACUUUCGAUAGAAAUUAUAAUUUGGAGAUUGGUCUGUAAUUAUUCAAAGGUGUUUGGUCCAGAUUUGGCUUUUUAUUGAGAGGGUGAAUCAAAGUUUUUUUAAAGCAUUACAGGACAAUGCUGCUAGUAAGACUACUAUUUAUAAUAGCUAAAACAAAUCCAAUAAAUCCAACUAUUUAUAAUAGCUAAAACAACAUCCAAAACUUUUUUAACAAAGUGUGGAGGGACACUAUCCAGAGGAGAAGUGGUCAACUUCAUCUGAGACACUAUAUCACUUAGCUGUGGAAGUGGCACUGAAUUGAUUCAUGAGAGUCAUAAACAGUGUGAAGUAGCAGAUCUAAUGGCCUUAAUUGUUAUCUACAAAGAACUUUUAAAUCUUCUAACAAGUUUCAGGAGAAGCAUCAAAGUAAGAAAUAUAUGGAUUUAAAACUUUUGUUUAAUGGUACUGAACAGAGCAUUUGGGCUUCGGUAGUUUUUGUUGAUUGCAUCUGAAAAAGAAAAUCUACUUCAAAAGAGUGUUGGUACAUGGAGAGACAUGUCAUAUGAAACUUGAGGUUUGUCCUUCCAUGCUCUGCUUUUCUGCAUUCCUGCCUUAGAGUGAAAAAUUCAUUAGCAUACCAGGGCUGGGUUUUAACUUUUGCCUUCUGACUCUCAGAGGAGCUGUGAAUGCAAGCAUAUCUGUGCAAGUAGAGUUAAAUAGUGACUAACUCCUCUAAUUUUUUGGGAGGAAGAGAGGCAUUGAUAUUUCCUAAAGAGGAUGAGGAUAUGUAUACAUCUUGGAACAGCCUAGCAAUAGAGGAUUGAUCUAUGGCCAAACACAACUGAUCUUUGAUCAGAUAGACAGACAUACUGCACUUCCACACUGCAGACAGGAAAAGCUAAAGAUAACACCAAGUUGAGUGUUUAUGAGUGGGGUAUAAAACAGACCAGCUGAAAUUAAAUGAAACUCAGUGACCACUGAUUUCAAUAGGCAGCAGAAGAAUUUGCAUAUAAUCAUUACAAGGACUGAUCAAAGACAGAAAGUCUGAAAAUUCCUGUAAAAAUCCCAUGUGAUCUGGGGUUGGUAUUUCUUAGAUAAGAGAACAGAGCAUAUGUCUUGGCAGUUCAACUCUUGAGUACUCGAACCUCAGAACUUGCAUUUUUCCACAGGUAUUGAUCAGCAUGUAAAGCAACUGCCAAAGAUGGGUGCCAGUCCUAUACCCCGUGCAGAAACUCUCGGUGAUCUGAAAAAAAUAACAUCUACUAGGGAGAGAUUGGAAAGUGGGCUUGAAGCCCCAACUGUAAACCUAGUCUCUGUUACAAAUUUAAAAACUGGGACAAUGUGUUAGAGACUAGUGCACCUUGGCUCCAGAGAGCACUUGGUUAUGAAACAAUCACAUCCAAAAUUGUAGUCAUGGAAUACAAAGUUGAACCCAGUAACUUCAAUAUCACCUCACUUAUCGCGUUUCCUACUCUGGUGUAGGUCUAGGCAGGAGUAGUGACACCUUUCAAUAUCAACCGAAAGUACAAAGGAUUAAAAACACCAUAUCAUUCCAUAUGUCAAGAAGAGUUUGCCUAUCAUAAGUGAGGGAAGAUAAGAAUUUAAAGACAUACUAAAAAUUCCAUGAUACAACAAACAGGUAAUUUAGGUGGCAACAGCUAGCUGAGCAACAUAGUGGUGCCAUUUUGCCUGACUUUUUUGUGCCUUUUUUAGAGUUAACAUGCGCAUUCGGCCAUCUUUAUAUUCCUUUGUAUUUAUUUAAUGCAUAAUGACUUUUAAGCAAACCCUAAGAAAAGUCUAAGUAUUUAACCAUAGACUUCCAAAGCAAUAAUAUCAAACAUGGUAAAGUGUGUGUGUGUGUGUGUGUGUGUGUGUGUGUGUGUGCCAUUGUAUGUUCAGUAUUUAUUCUAUUUACCCAACAUUUGAGUAGCAUUUCUGUAAGCAAGACUUAUACAAUUCAAGUUAUAUACAUGCAUGUAAAUGAGUCACAGAGCAUGCAAGCAUGUGACUUUCAUACCAAGUCAAGUUCGUUGAACGGACUACAUAUACCGAUGUCUUAAAGCUUUGAGCUUGAGAGGGAGUUUUUCAUGCUGCAUUAUGCAUAUGGCUUAUUUUAUAUGAUAAAGACUAGAGUUCUGAAACCCAGAGAGGGAGGUUCAGCACUUCAGCUUAGCAUUCAAAUGUAGCACUGAUGCUUACACAUUCACACCAAGCAUUUAUUUGUUUUGAAGAAAAUCAAGGUUUUAAACACACACAUAUUGGUGACACUUUUGCAUUAAUGCAUGCA